AUGGCUGAGUUCCGCAAAGCGCUUGCAUCCUCUAAGCACAUCAUCGCCGUCGCGGGCGCUGGUUUGUCUGCUGCAUCCGGUAUACCCACCUUUCGCGGCGCCGGAGGACUGUGGCGUACGCAUGAUGCCAUGUCGCUCGCCACACCGGAAGCCUUCCGCAAGAACCCGUCCAGGGUCUGGCAGUUCUACCAUUAUCGUCGCGAGACGGCACUGAAAGCUCAACCAAACGCAGCCCAUCACGCACUUGCUGCGUUCUCACUCCCCUCUGUUCGUUCGCUGAUUGCGCCGAACGCCACGUUCACGUUGAUCACACAAAACGUCGAUGGCCUUUCUACUCGCGCUAUGGAAACCGCACUAUCGUCCCAAACCGCGACACCGCACCCUCAUACGGACAAGAUGCUGGAGAUGCACGGUCGGCUCUUUGAAGUACAAUGCACCGAGAAGCGCAAAUGCGGACAUGCUGAAUUGGACUUCAACUCUCCUCUAGUUCCCGCGCUCGCUGGUACAGAGAGUACGGCGGAAGAAGCUAACAUAGAACAGAAGGACCUGCCAAGGUGCAAGAAGUGCGGGGCGUUGGCCAGGCCUGGUGUUGUCUGGUUCGGGGAGGUUCCGAGGUACAUGGACAAGAUCGAGGAGCUAGUCCAGGAUGCGGAUCUAUGUCUUGUAGUGGGCACUUCUUCCACAGUCUACCCUGCCGCGGGAUAUGCGCAAGAUGUACAGGGUCAUGGAGGAAAGGUUGCAGUGUUCAAUCUGGAUAGAAGCCAGGGCGACGAGGAGGCGGACUUCCUGUUUUUGGGUGGUUGUGAACAGACGCUCCCCGAGGCCCUCGGGCUGACUAGAACGACGGCUGACGCUGGGGCAUGA